UCUUUUAAUGGAUGUCAUGGUGUUUACUUGAAUGGAGGGUUGCAUUGGGUUGGACAAGAUGAUCUUCAUCACGAUGUUAUUUAUCGUCUAAAUAUGGAAGAUGAGAAGUACGAGCACAUUCCUUUUCCUAAUGAUGACGGUUAUUUUCCUUGCAUUGGAGUAUUUAAUGGUGCUCUUCAUCUAACCCUUUCUAUGGAGGGGCACGAGUACACAAUGUGGAAGAUGAAAGAAGAUGGUUCGUGGAUUAAAGCAUUUAGUACCAGCGUACCAGAUGUGAGCAAAAAUAUUCUUUCUUUUUCACAAUCAACUGUGGAACAGGUUAAAAUAUGUAAAGAUGGAAAGAUCUUGUGUGUUUGGGCGGGAGCUGAAUUAGUGUUGUAUGAUCCGAAGACGGAGAAGAUGGAGAAGUUGAUGGAUGAUACAAUCGCGAGAGAAUUUUCGGUUCACAACAUCGACUGCUUUAAUUUUAAUGCUCUUCUUGAUAUUUUGACUGGAAAAAUAUGAAAAUUUUGAGUAUAAUUUAUAUUGAAAUUGAGAUUGAAAUUUUGUUUUAAA